AUGGCGUUUCCGAUUCCCCAGCAUCUUCCACGCGCCACAUUUCAACAACCGGAGACGUCGACAACAGUCCUCACAUCUCUUGCAGAUGCUUCUACCGUGACUUUGGAGCUGACAAGCGAGCUAAUAAGAAAACUCAAUGAAGAGAUUCAAAAGACAGAAAACGCCAUUCAUAGCCGUAUACAUGACGACCUAGAGGCAUUUGAAAGGCAGUUGGAUACCUCUCGUAGCGUACAUCGACGCUUGACGACACUGCACACGAACGUCGAUGCAUUGUAUUCCGAACUAGAAGACUCUGAGAAUGGCGUUAUACCCCACAUACAACGUGCCCUUCACACCCAUUCGGACCUUGCCCAACGAACGCUCAACGCCGAGGUAUUGAACACAUCCUUACAGCACCUGGACAGGUGUAAAGAGGCGUAUCUCCAGCUGGAAAAUUCUAUAUCCUCUGGCGACCUACCCAAAGCUAUGGAAAUCGGUGCUAGGCUUCAAACCUUGCUAGACCUCUCUCCACCCCCGUUGGUCAAGAGUCUGGUUUUGUCUGAUCUCAAGCACCUCACUCGAUCUAAACGGGACAAUGUUCUCGAGCAGCUCUCGAAGGCUUAUGCGACCUGCCUCGAUCUAAAGGAGUCGAGUUUUGUCAUCGCCCAUCAUUAUGGGUCAAACCUCACGCUCAACGAUAUCCUUGUCUCACUUCCAAGUGAGAUUAUUGCCGUUAACCUGGCCACCCUUCGAAAAGAUCUUUUCUCGCGGUUCAUCAACUGUGUCCUACGGGAUAAUUACACCGUCCUACGCGUAAAGUCGACCAGAAUUGAUCUGAGCGCGUCGAGCUCUCAAGAUUCGUUCACUUCACUGCUCCAUCUCUUCACAUUCUUAAGCGAGGAGCUUCUCCCUCAUAUACCCGAACCACAUCGGGCAUCAUUCUCCACUGCAUUCUACAAUCCACUCUGUGACGCGCUACAAGCUCACCUCUUCGCCUUGGUCCCAGCGACCAUUGACGAGCUCCCUUCGUAUUUAACGACAUUGAUUGGGGUAAUCGACUUUGAAACAAAGAUUACUGCUCUUGGUUUCUCUACUGGACCGGAGAGGCGUCUACAAGCGUGGUGUCAAGGCGUGCAGACACAUUACGAGAAGAAACGACGGACGGAGCUCUUGGAACGAGCAAGAACCAUCGUUCUCUCCCAACCAAGCUACGGAGUGACGAUUGAAGUUGAAGUCUCGGCCAAAGAGUCGGUCAAAGAAGCUGCAUCGGUCGAACCCUUGACAGAUGGAGCAGAGGUUGAGACUGCGAACUGGGACUUUGACGACGAAGAUACAACCAAGGAGGUCCCUUCGAUUGCCAGCAAUAAAGAAGACGCCGAGAGUACCGAAGAAGAUGGAGACGGUUGGGGGUUCGACGACGAUGAACCCACGGUAGAGGAGAAAGGCCAAGAAUCCGAGGAGAAGACUCACGACCCGUGGGGGGACGAAUGGGAUGAUGCUCCAGUACCACCAAAUGAUGAGCACCCGUCUCAAGGUGCCUUGCAGUCCAAGGCCGUGCAGCCAGCCCAAACUCGGGUGGUGGCGUCUCCAGAGACGUACCAAGUGUCAAAUGUCGCCAAGGAGAUAUCCGAAUUGGCCCAUAAGAUUCUUUCUGAAGGAAUUUCGCUCCUUCACACGAGGUUGUUUGCUGAGCAGGGGUUCACGUCCACGCGUGCUUCGCUAUUGAUGCCUAGUACGCCAUCUGUAGUCGAUCUAUUCAGAGCACUCUAUCCCGUACUUCACUCUGAAGAAUCUCAAAGCAGCCUCGCAUCGAGGCUUCGUUACUCGAAUGACUGUCAAUACCUCGCAGACUCUUGCAAGACAUUACAGGAUGUAUACGAGACAAAUUGUAGCACACAACCAGAUUAUACGACUACCCAUAGUCGUUUCGAAGAAACAAGGGGAAGACUGGAAGUUUUGGCGACCAAUCUGCGCGAGGACGCGAUCGAGGAAGAAGCGCAAAGUAUCCUUGCGCUAGUCGCCAACGCUGGAAACUUUGUCGACCUGGGCUACGAUGUCCGGUUCACCCACGCCAGUGACAGGUUUCGGCAAAUCAAGAAUCGGAUCACGCUCAUUUCAAAGGAUCUACAAGCAACUCUGACCAGAUCCGUAUGCUACCAGUCCCUUGGAGCCAUCGUUGACCAAGUGUUGGGACUUGCCCUUCAAGAUGCAUUUGCACUGGAAGAUAUUCCAGAGGCAGCAUCAGAGCGUAUUGCAACUCUUUGUAGAGUAUUGCACCCGUUGGAUACACUCUUCCCCGAAGUCGACGGGGUCUCUACAGUGGCGUCAUACGUCCCACUGUGGCUCAAAUUCACUUACCUCUCUGAUAUCCUGGAGGGCUCUCUUAUGGACAUUAAUGGAUGGUUCGACUCGGGGUUGCUCGUCGAUUAUGAACCCCAAGAGCUGUCAAGACUGAUCAAGGCCCUCUUCGCCGACUCCCCUGUUCGAGCGAAUACGAUUUCCAAAAUCAUGCGCUCUACAUAG